CACUGCCCUGCUGGCGUGGCGUCCCCCGUAGGCGGCAGCACGUCGUACCACGAGUGCCCUCCCUUUCGGCCGUGGCCCGGAAAGCCGCGGUGGCGGUGGGCUGGCGCUGCCGGAGACCCCCGGGUGCGGGGGCCGGGCCGGGGGACAGCAGCCCGCGGAGGGGCGGCGCGGCUGCGGGACCCCGCCGGUAGGGCCCCACGGCCGGGCCCCGCUCAGCCGCCAGCCCCGCCAGGGGUCGCCCUGCGGCCGCCGCCGGUCCCCGCCGCUCGGGGCCGGGCCGGGCCGGGCCGGGCCGGGAGGAGGAGCGGCGGCCCGGCCGGCCGCAGUCGUGCAGCCCGGGGUGGGGCCCGGCCGGCCGCCGCUCCUCGCCGCCAUGAGCGCCGAGCAGGCCGCGGGGGAGGCAACGGGUGCUGUCGCGCACUCGGCGCUGCCCAGGGUGCUCUCAGCCCUCUUCUACGGGACGUGCUCCUUCCUCAUCGUGCUGGUCAACAAGGCCCUGCUCAGCGCCUACAGCUUCCCAUCACCAAUGUUUCUUGGAAUUGGACAGAUGGCAGCCACUAUACUUAUCUUGUAUGUGUCAAAAUUAAAUAAGAUUGUUCACUUCCCCGAUUUUGACAAAAGUAUACCUGUGAAGUUGUUUCCUCUGCCUCUGAUUUAUGUUGGAAACCACAUAAGUGGAUUAUCAAGUACCAGCAAACUCAGUUUGCCGAUGUUUACAGUGCUCAGGAAGUUUACCAUUCCACUUACUUUACUGCUGGAAAUCAUCAUACUUGGGAAACGAUAUCCACUGAGUAUUAUAGUCAGCGUAUUUGCCAUCAUUCUUGGGGCUUUCAUAGCAGCUGGGUCUGAUCUGUCUUUUAAUCUAGAGGGCUACACAUUUGUGUUGCUAAAUGACAUCUUCACAGCAGCAAAUGGAGUUUACACAAAGCAGAAAAUCGAUCCAAAGGCAACACAUUUCCAGCACUGGACAAAUUUUUUAUUUGUCUUUCAAUUUCUUCUUUCCUGCUUGCUGGGGUUUCUCUUGAUGUAUUCUACUGUCCUAUGCAGUCAUUACAAUUCUGCACUUACGACGACAGUAGUUGGUGCCAUCAAGAAUAUAUCCAUUGCUUACAUCGGAAUGUUGAUUGGCGGAGAUUACAUAUUCUCCGUGUUAAACUUCAUAGGGCUAAAUAUUUGUAUGGCAGGAGGACUGAGAUACUCAUUUUUAACCUUAAGAGGAAAUAGCAAGCCUACACAACCUGGGGAUGAAGAGAACACGCUUCUGAGUCAAAGAGUUAGCCAAAAUGCCUGCCCUGAAAAAGACUGAAGAUGCAAGUUUGUUUAGCAUUGCUGAGAACUUAAAUAAGUACAUGCUGGAACAUAUUUAAAACAAGAAAAAAAAUCUACCUCUGUUGCUAUAGCUGUGCACAUAACUUACUGGUUCAGAAAUAUUCUUGCACACCAUUUUUUUUACCUGUGGACAAGUUUAAUUUUAGCUUUUUGUUACACCACAAACUAAUUUAUAGGAAGGAAUGCCGUGAGCAAAUCUCAAGUUGUAAAUUUCUUCAUUCACCUGUACUUCUGUUUCAGUGUCUGCCAGUACUCUCUGAGGCAAAACUGCCUGUAAAGAUCAUGAGGCUUGAUUCACCAUUGCCUUAUGCCAUAUGCAAUCUUUGAUAUCAGCAAAGAGAUGAAAGAUGCUAAUGAUUGAGAAUGAUUUCACAUAUGCAUUUGCUGUUGUGUAAGUGACUGUAGAAUGUAUAGGGCAAAGAGGAGAUGUUCCCCCAAGAUUGUCCCCUGUGUAAGUGUUGACUGAAUAAUUCAGGGUAUGGCCUAGUGUGUUCAGUAUGCACUAUGUAGACAUUCUCUCUCAAUCUUUUCUUCAUCCUCAGUAACAUCACAAUGUUCUGCUGCAAUUGUCACUGUUGUUAUAAGUGAAUCCUCAUAACUUUCCUGCAGGAUCAAGGAGAGAAGGAAAUUGAGAAGAUUUUUUUAUAUUUAGAAAAAAUUCUUUUUGUGUGAGCCAGUACCAAACAGAUAAUUAGGAGAGAUAACAAAGGGGGGUUUUUUUUGAUACAUUCAUCUUUUUAUAUCACAGUCCCCUCCUCUGAUGUUUUGUCUGUAAUUACCUUUUAAUGCUGCAGAGAAGUGAUGCUGCUACAUACAAACUACAAGAGGGGAAACUGAUUGAUAUAUGGAAAACUAGCUUGUAUUUAAAUGAGGAGAAAGGAUAAGUGUCUUGUGUGUUAUAUAUGCAGUGAAAGCUUAUCCGGUACUAAUUUAUGCUUAAAAUUCAGACUAAGAAAUCAUAACAAGCCCAGGGGGUUGCUACAGUGGGCAAGGCUGGACCAGUGGUUAAAAACAAAGGUCUGGAAUCUGAUUCAUUGGGUUAUCAUCUGGGACAAUAAUGGCACCACUCUCUACCUUUAUUUCCUUCUCUGAAAGUGUAGUUGAUAAUAUUUACCUGUGUCUCUGAGGAUAUGGCAUUAAUCUUUGAAAACACUGUAGAAGCAUUGCAGCACUGGAGGACAGCAGAGUAAUUAAUCUUGUUGAAAUUUUCAACUCCCUGCAAGAAUGAGCCAAGAUUUUUUAAAAUAAUUGAAUCAAAAGAAGAUUUUGAAGACCAUGACAUGGAACGAGGGUGAUCUAAUCACUUUAUCUCUGCCUGAAAUAAAAUACAGCUAAAUCUGUAAAGCAUUACUCUGUAACAUGUGAAUGACCAGGCUGGAUUAGAUCUCAGAAAUGUGUGAAUAGCUUAUACCAGAAGCUUCAGGGAAUGACUGGGCUGCCCACUGCCUGUGUGGAUUUGGAUGGCAAGAGGAGAAGUGACUGCAGAUAUUAGAAGUGGAAUUUAAGGGCACAGUCAAAGUGGAACCAGAAGUCUGGGCUAUCCAGUUUCUCACACCUGGCAAAGAGGUGUGACUUUCAUUUUCUACCUAUUGAAGAGCUGAGAAGGGAGGGGGUUGCUGCAGAUAUUUUAGCGAGAUCUUCUGUUUUUAAAAAUUCCCUUUAUCCUUAAAAAGCCUUCAGUAUUUUUGGAUGCAUUCUUUUAUAGAACUGCUCUUUCUCCAGAUCACCUCUACCUCCAGAAUCCUAAUUAUGGAACCUCAUCUCUCUGCCAUGGGACAAGUCAUUGUAAGGUUUUCAUUAAUUAUGAAAAGAUCACAAGAGCCAUUUGAUUGCAAUACGAAUGAACACAUAAUGGCACCUGCUAAAUAAGAUGUAGUUCAGAGGAACAGUUACUGUAUGCAUUUAAUUAAUUAUUUUUUUUUGCUGUACCUUUUAUAAAUAAAGAGAUCCAGAUUAUAGUUUUAACGAGUUUUUUGGGGUUUGUGUGGAUGGAUACAUAAAAUGCUUUUAAGCACACAUGGAUAGCAUAAAUAUUUGCUUUCUCUACAAUCAACUGCUAUACUGUACAUGAAGUAGUUCCAUUAGUUCAUUCUGUACUGUAGUAGAAGUAAUUUAUUUAAUUCAUUGGCCAUUACAUGGUUUUGAAGUCCUUCAGUCUUAGAACUUCUCACCUAAAAUACAGACCUGAUUCUCAAGGUCUUUAUGAUAGUAUUACUCAGAAUCAUUUACAAUACAAAUUUAGGAA